AUGAGUAAAAUUUUUAUUAGUCGAUCUGAUGGUAAUCUUCCUUGGGGUUUUCGACUUCAAGGUGGUUUUGAAUAUAAUGAACCAUUAACAAUUACUAAUAUUGUACCAAAUUCUCCUGCUGAUGGUAAGAUUGAUUCGGGUGAUAUGCUAAUAGAAAUUGCUGGAAAUAAUGUGACACAAAUGACACAUAAAGAUGCGCUUGAACUUAUUCAACGUUGUGGUAAUGCUCUUUUUCUUACUAUACAAAAAAUUGGACAUUCAUAUCCAUCUGAUACAACUCAAACUUCAGGAUUUACUGAACAACAACAACAAUCAUUACAUAACUAUGAUUUAUCAUCAACACCUUGGAAUAAUAUACCUUCAAUGCCUAUGAUGAAUAUUCCACAACCACCAACAUUUAAUGCUAAUGUAAUGGCAAAAAAAAAGCCUCACUUAAUAAAGUAUCAAUCAUUGACUGACAAUUAUCCAUCAUAUCAAGAAACAACAGAUCCUUCAAUUCUUUCUCCUAUUCUUGCUAAAUAUCUUAGUCGCCCUAGUGGUCCAAAACCAUUUACAUACAUACCAGGAGGUCUUGAUUUAUCUAAAAUACGUGAAACAACUCGUGCUAGACGUUCUGGUGACUAUAGAUCAACUAGUGAAGAAAGAUCACCAAUAAAUCCAAAUAUGAAUCGACGAAUGAUUGUACCAUCUGAACAAUUCAAUCAACAUCAUUAUACAAAUGUUAAUCCAAUUCAACCAUUUACUUAUUCUCAUCAACCACCAACAUCACCUAAAAAACAUAUACAACAACAUGAUACUGAUGUAAUAACACAAUCUCGUUCAUUUCAAAUGCUUCAAGGAUGGAUUUCGGAUAGUGAAAAAACUGUACCAACUAGUGUACCAUCACCACUAUCACAAUCUACAACAAAUAGAUCAACAGCUAUUCAUGAUCAACAAAAUAAAACAGAUCGUCGUCGUUCAAGUUCUGGUGUAGCAUCACUUCCAUCACGAACAUUUCGUUAUCUUCAAGAACAAUAUAGUGUUGAUAAUGAUGAUAUUGUAACAACACCUAAAAAACCUAUUGAAGAAACUGCAGCAUUAAAAAAUGGUACUGGUCUUCGUCGAGGUAGUGAUGCUCAUAAUCCAUCUCGUGCAUUUAAAUUUUUACAAGAACAAUAUGAUAUAUCUCAAGAUCUAGGACGAAAUCAAUCUCGAACAAUUAAUAAUCGAGAUGAUCUUGUGGAAAUUUAUAAUAAAACACCACCAAGUGUUCGUGAACAUGAACCUGAAGCACCACAUUAUAAAGGUUCAACUGUUCCAUCACGUGCAUUUCGUUUUCUUCAAAUGAUGACACAAGAUGAAGAUAAUGAACAAAAUAAUUUAAAAUCUAUUAAUAAUUCUACAAAAUCUCAUCAAACAUUACAUAAAUAUGAUGAUCAUCAUGUUUUAGCACAAACAAAUAGAUUAAAUGAACAUCCAUCACGUUCAUUUAAAUAUUUACAAGAAUUGACUGGUGAACAACAUUCAACUUCAAAUCAAACAGAAACACGAAGUAAUACAUUAUCGAAUACUUUAAAUUCAACGGAUAUUGGAGCAAGUGAUUUUUAG